CGACAUUUAAUUGUUUUCAGAGCAAAAAUAAUCCAUAAGGUAGAAAAAUAAAUAAAAAUGACGGAUAUAAUCUACCCGCAAGGGUGUAGACCUCUCGCCGAGGAUCUAGGAACUGACGAACUUAUAAGAAGACUCAAGACCUUAGCCCAUACACUUCAGGCAAUGGGGCAAGAUGAUGGACUCUAUCAACAAUAUAUCCCAUUGGCUUUACACUUAGUCGAUGAGUUUUUUCUGCAACACUUGUCACGUGACGUUCAACUAUUAGUAGCAUGUUGCAUUGCUGAUGUUCUACGUGUAUAUGCGCCUGAGGCGCCAUACAAAGACCAAGAACAAAUUAAACAAAUUUUUUUAUUCUUCAUCAAGCAAUUGCACGGUCUCAAAGAUCCUAAAGAUCCAUCGUUUAAAAGAUAUUUCUAUCUUUUGGAGAAUCUAGCUUAUGUUAAAUCAUUUAAUAUGUGCUUUGAAAUAGAAGACUGUCAAGAGAUCUUUGGCCAAUUAUUUUCCAUGAUGUUUAAAAUUAUAAAUGAUGAACAUAGUGGAAAAGUUAAGAACUUCAUUGUUGAUAUACUGAGUCCAUUAAUAACUGAGGCUGAUAAUUUUACCACCGAUCUAUUAGAUAUGAUACUAAUCAAUAUUGUUGAGCCAUUAAAAACACAAAAUAAACACGCUUAUCACCUAGCCAGGGAGUUGAUAGUCAAGACCAGUGAUUCACUUGAAUCAGUUAUUAAAAUAUUUUUCAAUCAAGUUCUCAUUAUGGAUAAAAUCGAUAAGAACUAUCAGAUAUCUUUUAAAAUCUAUGAUCUCAUCUAUGAGCUUAAUGUCAUCAAUCCACAAAUAUUGUGUUCAAUUUUGCCACAAUUGGAAUGCAAGCUCAAGUCCACCAAUGAAAGUGAAAGACAUAAGGCCGUUUCGUUACUUGCUCGAAUGUUCUCCGAGAAGAAUUCUACACUUUCAAAGAAACAUCCGUCAUUGCUUCGAAUGUUCUUUGGUAGAUUUUGUGACAUUGCCGUAUCGAUACGCAUCAAAUGCGUUCAAAGCUCAAUGCACUUCCUUCUCAACCAUCCGCAUCUGCGAGGGGACAUAAUCGAAAAUCUGAAAAUUCGCCAACACGAUUCUGAUGAGACCGUUCGGUACGAGGUGGUUAUGGCUAUUGUUGAGACUGCCAAGAGGGAUUUUAAGAUCGUGUGUGAGUCUGAGGAUCUGUUAGAAUUCGUGAAAGAACGGACGCUCGAUAAGAAAUUCAAGAUUCGCAAAGAAGCGAUGAAUGGCUUGGCCAUGAUCUAUAAACAGACUCUCUGCGAGCCAAAUGACAUCCCAGAAGCAACUAAGAAUGCAGUCGAUUGGAUCAAGAACAAAAUUUUACACGGUUAUUAUAUGCCAGGCCUGGAAGAUCGAUUGUUGGUGGAGAGGCUUUUGAUAACGUGUUUGGUGCCCUAUAAAUUGGAUGCAACUGAUCGAAUGAAAAAGUUAUACCAUCUAUUGGGAACUUUGGAUGAGAAUGCAACCAAAGCUUUCAUUGAAUUGCAAAAGAGUCAAAUGAAAAUUCGAAAGACUGUUAGCGAUUGGGUGAAAUUACAUCAUCAAAAGGACGUAUCACCAAAGCUACAGAAAGAUCUUAAUACUAGACUUACCGCUAUUACCAAAUUACUACCCGAUCCCUUAAAGGCAAGCGAAUUUCUAACUAGGUUCAGUUUGAACAUGCGAAAAGAUCCAGUUCUACUUCGUUGCAUGGAGACUAUUCUUAAGCGUGAUGUUUCGUGUAAAGAAUGCGCUGAUACAAUGUCGACUUUGUUGAAAAAGCUUGGCAAUCCUAUUAUGACCAACUUGUAUUACAACACAGUUAAAAUGCUCUUGGAGAGAAUAGCUUCUGUGAUGGUUGAUAGGGAAUCAAUUGGUAUUUUAGUUGGACUUGUUGAAAAUUGUAUGCAAGGUGGAGAAAUGAUCGAAGAAGUCGGCAUUCGACGUGAAGAGGCCGGUAUACGUGGCUUAAAACUAUUAACUGUUCUUUCCUAUAUAUUUUCUGCUCACUUCCUUAACAAGUCCACAAUGCGCCACAUGAUUGCCUUAAUGAGCUACGAAGUUGAAUAUGCAGCUCCACUAAUUCUUAAAGCAUUCACUCAUUUGGGUCGUUAUAAGCCACUUUGCGAUGUCGAUAGUACGGUCCUGAAUGAAAUGGUGCCAAUUUGUCGUGAAUUUGCACUGUCCGGAACUACAAAACAAGCCAAACAUGCUGUUCGUUGUAUUUUCAUAAAUACCCAAACAACUGCAUCUGAACCCGACCAACCACCAAUAGUACAUCCAAUGUUUACACAAAUCAUAGACGUCCUAAAAUCAACAUUUGGUCCGAAUUGUGAGAACUAUGGAACUAAGGUUGUGUGCUUAGGUCAUAUUGCAUACAAUAUGCCAUCUGCCUUCCAAACACAAAUCAAAAAUAUGAUUGCAAGACGUGUUGUUAAAGAGCUGCUCAUUCAGGGAGUACCCGAGAGUCGUCCAUAUGUUUUACCAACUGAGGAAUGGUGUGAAGAAUCAGAACUUCCUGCGGACACGUUGUGCAAAUUAGAUGCUCUGAAAACGAUGGCUCGUUGGCUACUGGGAUUGAAAACAGAUGAACACUCGGCUCAGAAGACAUUCCGGAUGUUAAGUGCGUUCAUAAAUCAGCGAGGUGAUUUACUAGAACAGAAUAGAUUGUGUCCCGCUGAAAAAUCCUGGUUGCGGUUAACAGCGGCCUGUUCGAUGUUGAAGAUCUGUGAGCAGAAAGGUGUCGGCGAUCAGUAUAGUAGUGAACAGUAUUUUAAUCUGUCACAAUUAAUGUUUGAUCCAGUCCGAGAAGUUAGAGAAAUCUUUGUCAAAAAACUGCACAAGGGUCUUAACAAAGGACUGCCAAAUAAAUGUUUACCUCUUGACUUUAUGGGAUUCUAUGCCCUUUGUGGACAUGAGAAGGACAAAAAACUAUUGGAGCAAAUGAAGCACUACAUUGAGUCUGACGUUAGCAGAAGAAAGGAAUACAUGAAAACCAUUGCCACAUCAACACCACAAGAUUGUGCAGCGACAAAAAUUUUACCUGAUUACAUGCUGUCGUUUGCGAUUCCAGUUCUAGCUCAUGAUCCACAAUUUACUAAUCACGAGGACCGAACACAGCUGAAAGAAGUCGAAAAAUGCCUGCGAUUUACUUUGGAACCCCUGCUGGCCAACAAAGAGUCAUUUUCGUAUGGAUUUUAUAAAAAUCUUAUUGAAGAAAUUAAAAACCACGAAGAUACGACACCAAAUGCAGAUGAUAAUUCAUAUAACUUUAAAAUGUGGGCUAUAUGCGAUCUUUCAAUGCACAUAAUCAAUUCGAAAGUUGGCGUGUGCGAAGGUCGAGAUUUUUCAUCUACAAUUCACCUGCCAGAAAUGUACUAUAAAUCCGUAACUGAUUUCCAAAACCACAAGAUCUAUAUCCCCAUGGAUAUACUGGAUAAUUAUCCAACUGCGCCAAAGUCUGGUACAUUUGUAAAUAUUUCCAAUGAUAGAAAGAAACCAGGACCAGGCGCCUUGCAAAAACGCCAACCCUCGCUUCCACCCAACAACAACAAAUCGACUGAUUUCGAUGAUCUAACAACAACAAGAAAUGAAAAUCACAGUUCAACGUUUGAUGAUAUCAAAAGUGAUAAAUCAGAAGAUGAUCCACCAGCGCCAAAAAGAACGAAAACGACGCGAGUUGACCCGUAAAUUGGUCGACGGACGGCGCCUGCAUGAAGGAUGCAAAAAGAUAAGAAAAACAAUUCAAACAGUGAACUCAUCACAUAUAUUUUUUUUAUAUAUAAUAUUUUCUGUUUUUGUUACAUCAAGUUAUUGGAAAGUACAUUUAUAAGAGAGUUUAUAGUAUUUGUUCUUCAUUGACGAAAUAAUCAGCUCCAACAAGAAUUCCAUCGUAAUCGCAAACUUUUAAGAAUCUCGAAUAAGAACUAUCACAAAAUACGAUCGUAUUUUGUCGGGAUUCUUAGAAGUUUUCAAUUCCGAAUUCGUGAUAGGGCUGAAUGAGAGACAAGUAGGGUAUUAUUUGUUUCUAAAACUUGUUUGAUUUUAAGCUAUUUCUGUUGUUUUUAAGUCAUCGAUAUAGAAAUCAAAAUAAAAACAAAACAAAAAACUUAUUCAUGGAAUUAGAUAUGUAAAAUAAUUAAUAAUAAAUUCUAUAAAACAAUAGAUGUCAAAGAUUUUUAAGUUUUUUUUUUAUUGAUUCGUAUUUUCGUUUCUUUCGCUCUGUUAAUUUCUUUCCUAUUUUAUAUAUUCUAUUCCUUUAUUUUUAUUAAGUUUUAUUUAAGCCAAAUUUUGAGUGAAAACGAGAUCAAAUUUUAUUGCAAAUAAAUAAUAAAAAAGAAAAGAAAUAACACGAAAAAAAAUUAUAUAUUUAUAUACUAAGUAGUUUUGAACAUCAUUUUAUGAUUUUAAUUUUUAAAUAUAAUGUAUAUGUAUUUAAAUAUAAAAAUAAAAAUAAAUAAACACGAUUAAAAAUUAUUAUUAAUUAUAAUUGAAAACAAAAACUAAAAAAAAAACUUGUUUAGUAUAAAAAAUUAGCUCCAGGAAACAAACAAAUAAACAAAAAUUAUAUUAAAUUAAAUUUGUAAGUUGAAAAAAAAAUUAAAUGGAAAGCUAAAACAGAAAUUAUAAUCAUUUUUAAAUGAAUGUAAAAUAAUGUGUGUUUCAAUUUAAGGUACGGAGAGUUAUGUUCGCAAUCAAUUCGAAUUUAUCGUUUUUCCUUUUUCAAAACAAAAUAAUAUUUAAUAAAUAAAAUCAUAUUAUAUAAA